CGGAGCUGCUAGGAUAUAUUUGAAAACUAAUAAAACUGUAGGCAAAUAUACUGAUUGACGAGCGAGGCCGCGCGAAGCUAAUUGAUUUUGGUCUUUCCACCGUUGUUGCGCCCCUUUUCGGCCAGUCACACUUGGCUAUAACAUCGAUACACGCAGGCGCAAUCCACUAUGCAGCACCAGAACUUCUAUCUGAUGAUGUCAAUGUCAAUGACCUACCUUUGGAAAAAACCGACAUCUACUCGUUUGGUUGUGUAAUGCUUCAAGUGAGUUGGUUAUUUGGUCACAAAAUAUUCACUCGAGGACUUAUGGAACAAGAUUCUCUCGGGUCGGCACCCUUGGUCUGAGAUCAAGUGUCAAACCCCGGAAUUCCGUGUCUAUGGUUUGAAACGCCAAGGUCAUAGUCCGAAGCGCCCCAACGGCCACCCUGCAAUAAUGGACUCAGAUUGGGACAUGAUUCAAAAAUGUCUGCAAUCAAAAUUUGAACGUCGGCCUUCAGCAGAUGAAGUAUUCGACUUCGUCACGCGUAGGCCUUGCUCAUCAGAUUCUUCGACCCUACCUAACGAUUCUCCCGAUGAUGAGCAGGGUGGUUUCCCCGGAGUUUCCUCGCACAAUGAUUCCAACGGUAUAACAGAACACCUACUCAAUAGUCCACGACCCCACCCUGAUCAUGAGCCGACGAAUGGAAUUAUAGAGCCUGGAGCUCAGAUUUCUUUUUCUUCUUCACCAGCCAACACUGAUUCUUGGCCAUUAUUUCCGAGUAUCAGUACUGAUCCCACAACGGUGUUCGACAGUGAUUUUCUUCGAUCGACUAGCAACCCAGGACAUGAACAGAAACAAUCAGUACCACCGCCACCUCCAAACGCAUGGUCAAGCAACCACAAAACGCACCUGCGGGAAAGAAACAUCGUCAUAUUUGGCGAAACAGGCUCAGGGAAAAGUUCUAUCAUCAACACAAUCGCGCAAGAGCAGCUCGCAAAGACAUCUAACGACGCACAUGGAUGUACUUCUACCUCUCAACGCUACCCAGUAGAAAUUUCAGGCCAGCGAUUCGUCCUGAUUGAUACCGUGGGUCUCUGCAUGGGGACUGCAGACACAGUGUCAGCGGCGAAAGCGGAAAAAAAGUUGAAGAGUUUGUUGCGUGAGCUCAUGAACUCAAAGUUGGAUGGAAUCAGCCUUCUGGUGUACUGCAUGGACAGCACGAUUGCCCCUAGCGCCCUCGUUAAGGCCUAUGACAAAUUCUACUCUGGAAUCUGCCAGAAGAAGGUUCCGAUCGUAGUCGUCGUCACAAGAUUAGAGAAAGAGACCCACAUGGAGAACUGGUGGGAUACCAACGUGGAAAAAUUCAAGGGCAUGUAUUUCGCAGACCAUGCUUGCGUCACAACGCUUUGGGAACACUCAAACUUCCCAGACCACAUCACUCAUCGUAUUUUGGAAUCGGGUGAUAUUCUGCGCAAGCUUGUCGUGAAAAAUUGCGCGGAUUUGCCAGUUCCCAACGGCUCGGAUUCGGCGACCGGCAAAAGCUGGCUCAAGAAGAUUGGUAAGAAGGGAUGAACAACGAGCAGGAAGUGAAAUGUUAAGUUUAGGAGAUUAUAGUGGUGUACCGUAUGUUACAUGUUCAAACGUUCAAGUUCGUCGCCAUGCUCACCACCUGAUUCAUUAUGAUCAUUGCCUCA